AUGAUCUCGGGGCGGAGUGGGCAUGUCAGGGAACAAUUUAAGGAGUUACUGCAACUUGUCGUCAGGCUAGAGCAAGAUGAUGCCUCGUCUCUUUCCAUCCGUCGAUCUAUCGAAGACGCGAUGCACCGGUUCGCUCUGUGGGGAGGGAACCUCGGGGCUUUCCGCCAGGCAAAUUCGAAACUUUCCCUGGACAGUCGACUUUCCGCAGCAGACGCCACGGAUAUACGCGAGGAGAUCCUACGCCAGUUAGAUGACAUUGACGAAGGAGUUCAAGAUCUCGAGCACAUUCUACAGUCCCCUAAAAACAGCAUCCAGAAUCCGUCAGAAGAAGAAGACGAUGCCGAGAUAGAUAGGCUCGGAUCAGAUCUUCAUGAAGGAAAGGUUGCUACAAGUGAUGAAGAACCUCUCGACGAGGUUGGCGUAAUCAUGGACAUCAUCAACCAGAGCAUAACAUCUCUUCUACGCAUCGGAGUUCUUGUCCGAAAGGCCAGCCCUCGCGACAAGUUUAAGGAAGCCCUGCGAGCCACCCGGCUCUCAUUUCCAGAUAUGUACGACAUUGAACACGUGCGUGUGAAGUACCCGAAGCUCGACGAAAUCCAAUAUAAGCGGCUCGGCCGGGCCAUUGCAAAUCGGCGGCAGUUUAUCAUGUACUGCCGUGAUCACAGGGCGCGCCUGGGGCACGACGACACGGAAGACGGUAGAGUGAAUCCAGGAACAGAGGUACUUUCGAGCAAGGCAUCGACAUUCCAGGCUCCCGCCCAAUACUCUCUACUUUCCUUUCAAGACGAGGAGGAGGAGGAGGAAGAUGAUGCAGUCUCCAUAAUGAGUGCUUCAACCGUCAGCGAUGACUCGGUGUCGCGACUGAAAUUACCGCUUCUGGCAGAUUUAUCCCCGAACGAUGAGCCCUUUGAAUUCUCGUUUGAGGUUCUCCUCCGCAGAAGCACUAACAUCAUCCCCAUACGCCAUGCGUUCCGCGACCUAAAGGCUUACGUUUGCACUUAUGGCGAUAAGAAGUGCGAUGACAGCCUAUUUGGUGAUCGCGAGUCGUGGUUUGAACAUGAAAUGGUUCAUCAUAGGGCGCUGUACAGAUGUGCUCUAUGCGACCGCAUCCCCCCAGCAUCUUCUCAAGAGCUUCGGUUGCAUCUUGUCGAGGAGCACGGCAACUUCUCCGAUCAACAGCUGCUAGCCCUCGGGGCAGUCGGGAAGGAUACCCGUGACACCUUUAUGGCUCACGAUUGUCCAUUCUGCGAUGACUGGGCUGUCGCUCUCUGGUCUAGAAAGAACCCAAAGGGCAAGGCUCUGCUUCAGGACGGAGCUCCGCCGGUUGUGAAGGUCUCAGCGAAGAGAUUUAAACGCCAUGUGAUGCGUCACCAUGAACAGCUAGCGAUAUUCGCCAUGCCACGCCAAUUUGAAGACGCAGUUGGACUGGAUUCGCUGUCGUCCCAUAGCUCGGUCGUCGAGUAUGCCGAAGAAGCGGAAGACGAGAAAGACCAAAACACGGCCGAUUUGGCGGAGUUGCCUAAGCUGUCCGACGAGGCACUCGCUCUCGAAGGACAGGAUGUCGACGAUUCGGAAAUUGGACUCGUGGACAAUAGCUCGGAAACCAUCCAAAUAUACACGGGCGGUUCUGACGAGGACAAGACUGCCUGGGAUGCGACCAUGACAGAGCCGAGCGAGAGUUCCGAAAUUCUCAAAAUGAAGGCGGAGCUUGAGUUGUACCGAGAAGAGCAACGGAAGAAGAGAGCUGUCGAGAAGCUGCGGGAACUGGAAGAGAAUAUUCGCAAGGAUACCGAGGAAACCCUCGCCAGGAAGCUUGAGACUAUGAAGCUAGCACAAGAAAAAAUCCAGAAAGAGAUUGCGGAGGCAAGAAGAGAGGCGGAGCAGGCGGUUUACGAAGCGAUCGAAGAAGAAAGGAAGGGUCACGAGGGACCUGAGAGGGGGAUCGGAGAGGAAGAACUCAGGUGUUUCCAGAGAGAAGCCAUUAAGUACGAAGAGGCUAUAAUAUGUGCUGAAGAAGCUGCUAGGAAGCGUCUUGAGAUGGAAUCGAAGCUUGUGGGAGAAGCUAGGGUAUCUGCGAAGAAAAAGGAAGAGGAGGCUGUGAAAUAUGCAGAAGAAGCUGCUAGGGCUGUGGGGGAGGCCAAGGCAGCUGCAGCUAAGCAGGUGGCCAAGGAACAGGCUUAUAAGAAGAUGCUAGAGGAAGAAACUAUGAACCAGUCUACAGGGAGUGCCAUGCCGCCUCUCCAACCCGCCAAAGCCGAACUCGAGGCACGCCAAAAGCUGGAAAAGGAAAAGGAAAAGGAAAAGGAAAAGGAAAAGGAGGAAGCAGCUGCGGUAAUAGUAGCGGCCGCCAGCGCCGGAGAGGAAGUCGCGAUGGAGUCACUCACUUCCCCUUCGGGACCAAGCUCGCACGCAACGCAAACCGGCCACCCUCCACUCUGGACAGACUCGGGCCAGCGCAAGCUUGAACGUCUUUACCGUAAUACAACUCUGCCCCUCACGAAGAUCCUUGAUGCCAUUCGGGCUUCAUCUCCUACCUCCAGACCUGGGGAAGUGAGACGCCCUGAUCCACCGAGACCACUUAUGGAACAAUCGGUGUUAGAAGAACAGUCGGCGUCAUCGAUUGCAGAUGUCAUUGCUCGCUACUAA